AUGUCGGACGAUUUCAAGUUUAAUUCGACGCCUAGCGGUAGGCACCAAGGUAAAACCCAUAUCGUUAUUGUUGGAGCUGGUAUAAUUGGAGUUUGUACCGCUUUUUACUUAAUACAAGAUCCAGAUUAUGACCCUUCACAGUAUCAUAUCACCUUAUUAGAAAGCGCAAGGGUUGCGGGUGGAGCCAGUGGUAAGGCUGGUGGAAUGUUGGCACGUUGGGCUUUUCCUAAAGAAGUUGCUCCUCUAUCAUUCCAAUUACACAAUGAACUAGCAGAGUCAUAUGAUGGUGAGGCCAAUUGGGGAUUUAGACAUUUACCAGCUAUUUCUAUUGAAGCAGAUGUAAGCAAUUCUCCGGAAGGUUAUGAAGACAAGAAAGAUAGCAAUAGUGAACCCAAAAAGAGUUCGGUUCAAGAUUACUUGAACCAAAAGAUACCGUCAGAUUUGGAUUGGCUCAACAGGUCUCUUAUUCAGGAUAUAACAACUCUAGGCAAAAAAGAGGUUACAGCUCAAGUUCACCCUUAUAAGUUUACUAAAUUUCUUUUGAAAAAAGCGUUAGAAGAUAGCAAAGGGUCACUUGAAUUAAUUCUUGGUAAGGUUGAACGUGUGUCAUAUCUGGAUGUUUCAAGCGCAAAUGGAAUUUUUUACACACCUAAAGGUAAAUCUGAAGAGAUAGAAUUGACAGGAGAUCAAAUUAUCAUGACAGCAGGACCAUGGACAUCUAGAAUAUUGCCUUCAUGCCCUAUUGGAGGUAUGAGAGCACAUUCUAUCACUAUCGAUCCAUACGAAGAUAAGCAAGUAUCAGGCUAUGCUGUGUUCACUGAACUUCAGACUGGUCCUCGUUCUUUUAGUUCACCUGAGAUUUAUGCUAGACCAGAUGAGGUAUAUGUUUCCGGCGAAGGAGAUAAUAGUAAAGAACUUCCGGAGACAUCAGAUGAUGUGGAAGUCGUGGAGUCUAAAUGUGAUAACAUUUUCAAAACCGUUGGGAAAAUAUCACCUAAUUUGAGGAAGGGCCGUUUAACUAGAAAACAAGCUUGUUAUUUACCGAUUCUUAAUGUUCCUCAAAUUUCUGGUCCAAUAAUUGGCGAAACGAAUGUGUCAAAUCUCUUCGUAGCAGCAGGUCAUUCAUGUUGGGGCAUUAAUAAUGCUCCAGCUACUGGUAAGCUUAUGAGUGAAAUUCUUUUAAGGGGAAGGGCCGAGUCAUCUUCUAUAAAGAAACUCUCACCUGCCUUAUAUUUCGAUGCUGAAAAGUAA